AUGUCUUACAGAUUUUUAAUCGGUAAGACAUUUUUCGAAAAUUCUUCCUCCCAUCUCACUAUCCGUUCUUCAUCUGUUCUGAGAUUUUCCGAAACAAGUACAUCAGCCGGGUUGACGCAGAUUUUACCAUGGAUGUUUUAUCAUAAGGUUAUUGGAGUCACAACCUUUUACCUCUUUGUCGAAGGACAUGCAUCAUCUCCCAAUGUUUCCAGAGUUUUGGAAUCUAUUCCUGCAUUCAUAAUUGCUUCAACUGCAAAGAGGAAGAGUUACUUCACUGGUAUAAACUUGAAGGCAGUCUUUUUUUCUUUUUUUCCCUGGAUGCGUUGUUUUAUUGCACCUUUCUGCUCGAUACAAAUGUAUGGAUGCGCUGAUGUCAAACUACAGACCUCUGGUUUUUGUAGGUACAGGGAACAUGUUGUUUGGGGUGAUAAAGACCUUAGGCUGAAACUCCUAAGAAAGGGGAUUUUAACUCGCAAAUAUACUCCUAUGAAGAACUAUGACCAUUUUCCAAAGGAAACACAUUUUGGCUUGUAUAGAGAAGCAACUCAUGGUAACCCAAACUACUUCUUGACUUAUGGGAAUGAGAAAGAAGCUGCAUGUGUUCAAGAUGAGCUUCGUCCAAAUGGUGCUCAUUGA